GGCCUGACAGGAAACCUGGCCUCGCUUUACGGCCGCUGGAUGAGGAGGAGCGGAGAAGGGGAGCGGGAGGCGCCGCGGCCGCUACUGCUGCUGAGGAGACUUUGGGGACAUGGCCGAGGUACCGCCCGGGCCUAGCAGCCUCCUCGCUUCGCCGCCGGGAGCCGCCGCCUCGCUCCUUUCGCCCUUCCCAGGAGCCGCCGCUGAGGAAGAGGAGGAGGAGGAAGAGGAGGAGGAGGAAGAAGGAGGAGGAGGAGGAAGGCCCCGUGGGGGGGAGGAAGAGGAGGAGGUCGGGGAUGAAGAAGGGCGGGAGGGCCCCCCCUCCCGCCGCCGCCUCUGCCCGCCCCGCCGCCGCAACCACCAGCUCAACGGGCUCAUCGCGGGCCCGGACUUGCGGCACUUGCGGGGCUCCCUCAAGGGCAAGGUGCUGAGCGGCGGCGGCAGCAAGAAAAGCGGCGGCGGCGGCGGCGGCGGAAGCAACACGGCCCCUGGCAAGACAAUGGGACACGGGCAGGAGCCCCCGCCGCAGGAAGGGCCGCCGCCGCCUCCCCCCUCGCUCAGCAACCACCACCGGGGGCCCCAUCCCCAGGCAAGGACUGCACAGCACCACCACCAGCACCGCCGCCACCACGGCGCUUCUGGCCCCUCUGCCGGGGACAGGAAUGGGCUGGCUGGGGGAGGUGACGAGGAGGAGGAGGAGGAAGGCCAGGAACAGGAGUUGGAAAGGGAGGAGGAGUCCCUGCUGCUCCUCUCCAGGUCCUUGGCCUCCACGUGCAGCUUGCAGAAAUGCCCCGUGGGGCCCCCCACAGACUCUUCCUGGGCCCCGCAGCAGGUGGAGGAGGAAAAAGAGGACCUCACGAUACGAUACGUCCGAUACGAGUCCGAGCUGCAGAUGCCAGAUAUCAUGAGACUGAUCACCAAAGAUCUGUCUGAACCCUACUCCAUUUACACAUAUAGGUAUUUUAUUCACAACUGGCCUCAGCUUUGCUUUUUGGCAAUGGUAGGAGACGAGUGUGUAGGUGCCAUUGUCUGCAAGUUGGAUAUGCACAAAAAGAUGUUUCGCAGAGGUUAUAUAGCCAUGUUAGCAGUGGAUUCCAAAUACAGAAGAAAAGGCAUAGGUACAAACUUGGUUAAGAAAGCUAUUUAUGCCAUGGUAGAAGGAGAUUGCGAUGAGGUUGUCUUGGAGACUGAGAUCACAAACAAGUCUGCGUUGAAACUUUAUGAAAACCUUGGCUUUGUGCGAGACAAGAGGCUCUUCAGAUACUAUUUAAAUGGAGUUGAUGCAUUGCGUCUUAAACUGUGGCUGCGUUAACAGGAGCACCUCCUCUUUCCAACCAACAUGGCAGCAGCGUCCUUUGCAUGCAAUGCAAUUUGUGUGGAAUUGCUUUGCAGGUGGACAUAAUAACUUCCAUGCAGCUCUUCUCCGUCGCACCUAAAUCGUUGCACUGUGUGGCAUGGCACAUCUUGUUCUGAAUUUACAGCAGGUUGCUUCAGACUUCAGAUCCUCUUGGUAACCAGGAAGAUGUGCCAGUAGGUAGCCAAGAUCCCUUCUUUUCAGUUGCAAGUCUACUGACUCUUGUUAUAUAAACGGUGAACAUUUUAUCCAAGAACCUGUGUUAGCAGAACACAACUUCUUUUUUUCUUUUCUUUUUUUGGUGUGAGAGAGAGAAAGAGAGAGAAAAGCCAAUGUAGAUUGUAAAAUUCUAUAAGUAUACUAACAUUUCAUACAAAAUUCACCAUAGGUUUUUUUGUUUUUUUUUCUGGGGAAAAUAAAAACAGCUUCAACUUUAGGUUUUAUUUUUCAAUAUUGAACUUUCCAUUUUUAAAUAUUGGUACCUCAGUGAUUAGUGAAUGAAAAAAUGUAUUGUAGGGUGGGGUGUGUGUUACAUCGAGUAACGGUAACAAUUAAAUUGCGUCUGCCAGUGCCUGUAUAGAUACGUAUAUUUGUCUCCACCGCUAAUUUUUGAGUGCAUGCUUUUCUUUUCUUGAUUUUUUGUCUUUGCAAGAAUGGCUUUUAUUUAAAUUCUGGAUUUGAUAAUAAAUUAUUUCAUUUAUAAUUUGGAUACUUCUCCCAUGUGAGGGCUUAAAAAGUCCUUCUCUUAUAGCAAGAAGUGUAAGCUAUCUUUAAAAAAAAAAAAAAACCUUGAGUAGCUGCUAAAAGGGAGUCUGAUGCACUUUUUCCUUUAAAGAGACUGAGGGAUCUUUUUUAAAACAAACAACAAAUUAAUGCAAAUUGGAUCAAUUUUUUUAAAAAUCAAAACUAUCACUAUAAUAGCUAAAGAACCAUUAUUUUAAAGCAUUUGGAAUAACUUAAUUUUGAUUUGGAUUCAUAUUGCUUUGCUUCCAUGUUCUAAAAAUGCUUUAGUCUUCAGUUCUUGGUCUUGGAAAUAAAUUUCACCAUGUCCAUUUUUAAGCUGCUUUGGUUUUCUCUAUUUUUUUUUAUUUUUAUUUUUUUGCAAAAGCCAAAACUCUUGCAGUUUUAAUUUCCUUCUGAAUUAUUUGGCAGAGGUGUAUCCAAACAUCGGGUUUGAACUUCCCCCCUUUUUUAAAAAAAUGGGCUACACGGGCUUGUUAAGACCAACAUCUUUUUUCAGCAGUUACACAGUGUGUACUUCUGUCUGUCAGUGCAAUAUGUAAAGCGAAUCACUUCUUUUUGGCAGUUCAGCAAUGACAGCAUUGAUAUAUAUAUAUAUAUAUAUAUAUAUAUAUAUAUAUAUAUAUAUAUGCAAAAUGUAAAAACAACCCUAGAUGACUCAUGGAAAAAUAGAUUGCUUCCUUAUAUUGAAAGGAAAAUCUUCAGAAUUCAACUUUGCCUUACUAUGUUGUAUGUUAAGGAUUCAACCUAUCAUUUUGUAAAAUGGCUCGAGUUACUGUACAUUUGAGAGGACCUGACCUCCAGUCACCCUUUGGAGAAAAAGACCCAUUCUGGACAGCUUAGUAAGUUUAAAGGAAGGCCAUCCUUAUUUUGCACAGACUGAGCGUCUCCCCCACUAUGUAUAAGUUGUGAAUUGUAUUUGGGAAAAAUAAAGGAUUUUAAUUUAAAACGG